AUAUUGCAUCAUAUGCCUGUAAAGGAAAUUUUGUCGGCUGAGAAGCUUCAUAAUAUGGAAACACCGGAACUCUUAAGCGUAGAUCCAAGGAAUUCAGUACAUUUUCUUAGGGACGAGCAAGGAGGAUUUUCAGAGAGAAACUGCCUUGAGUUGCAGCUUUCUUCAAAGGUUCAAAACAUUACUUUAAAGUUCUAUCUGGGAGAUAUUGUACAAUUUUCACAAAAGGCUCAUUUUCGGGGAUAUUUUGAUGUAGUGAUAGCUGCAGCCUUUCUAGACCUCUAUGAUUGUUCUAUUAUGAUCGACACACUUUUCGGUUUGCUGCAAAGUUCAGGAAUAUUUUAUUUUCCCAUCAAUUAUGACGGAGAAAUGACCUUUUCACCAAAGAGUUCAGAGCAUUCAAUGGAAACGAAGAUUGUGAAGACUUAUCAUGCUGUCAUGGAUGGAUUAGAAAGCAAUGCACAAUGCCAACAUUCCCAAAGUGGUCAAUGUGUUCUUCGUAUAUGCAAGGACCGAGCUAUCGAUAUCAAAUAUGGAGAUGCUUGGUGGAACGUGCGUUGUGAAGAUCCAAAGUCAAAAUAUUUUUUGAUGAGUAUUUUAAGGUUUAUGAACCAUAGCACUAGACAUUUGCUGAGUGGUCCUGCAUUUGAUAGGUAAAUAUUCAAUUGCUUACAGACCGGCAAUCUCU